UCUCGGCGUUUCGAAUCUAUCGGAUUUUAUCCUACUCAUCUGUUGCGUGGCCCAAUGCAAUUCAGAAUUUUAUCAGACUAAUUGCCAACCAUUGGUUUACCGUUGUACCUGUUUGGAUCUAUUGUAUAUGCGGCCAACUCCAUGCUUUCUACGUCCAGAAAAUGGUGGCUAGGUUAAAUUUACUUAGCGAAGUGUCAAGAAAUACGAGAACGGUAAAUCGCAUUGUUUCUCCGCGUUCAUUUAACAUUUUACGGUCUCUGAGGCAACUGUACUCGGCCGCUGAAUUGCUCCAUCGUCAUUUUAGUACCAUGUUGAUGGUACAUUCUUGCUCGAUGCUAAUCAACAUGUUCGCUGCUUCCUACUAUUCGAUCGAGUUUCUUCGUCAAGGAGAUAUUGUUAUGCUUUGCCGGGACAGCAGUGACAUGAUAGGAUCCUUUAUUCGAUUUUGGCUCAUGUGUCAUACCGCUGAUCGGAUACGAGAGACUGCUGCGGAAUGCAUCCCAAUCCUGAGAGAGUUAAGAGACUACACUGAUGGAAAGGCAGAUGUGAUGGCUUCUACUGACAGGAUUAAAAUUACGUCAUUUAUCAUUGAGAUAGCACAAUUGGAAAAGAAUGGAGAUCGACAGAGUUUGUACGGGUUACUGCCUUUAUCCAAGAGGCUUAUUAUUCCGACGAUGGAGAUUAUUUUCACGUACCUGAUCAUCAUCUACCAACUCAAAGCUGCUGCCCACUAAUUACAUACAUACCCAAAAAUUCCCAGUAUAUCACUGGACAAUUAAGGUGUCAAUGAUUGGGUUUUGAAAUUGUUGUUUCAAUUUAUUGCACGUUUAAAAGUGUUGGCUUGUUAAAGUGUACCAAUUAUCGAACAGAAAUGUGUCAUGCGAAAUAAGAAAGCAAGAAUUAAGCAACAAAAGGGAGUAGAAUGAAAAUUUGCGAUCGUGGUGGGGGUCUAGAAUCCCUCUC